AUGAUCACUGUCAUCUUUGCCAGCGCGGACGGAAACUACGAGGUCACGCUGAUGACAAAAGCGACGCUCAAGUACACGGGGGAGGUGGUGUGGAGGCCGCCAGCCAUCUACAAGUCUUCGUGUGAGAUCGACGUCGAGUGGUUCCCCUUCGACGAACAGUCCUGCAAUAUGAAGUUUGGCUCCUGGACCUACGACGGUCUCCAGGUGGACCUGAAGCACAGAGAGCAGAAGAAGGGCAGCAACCUGGUGAAGAUAGGCAUCGACCUCAAGGAGUUCUACAUGUCGGUGGAGUGGGACAUCUUGGAGGUCCCCGCCAGGAGGAACCAGGAGUACUUCCCGGACCUGGAAGAACCUUACCCAGAUAUCACGUUCAACCUGAUUUAUAAGGGAGGAGACGCUUUUCACAGUCCGGCCAACCUGCAGGUGACUCUCUGUAUCUCCAUCCUGCUCUCCCUCACCGUGUUCUUCCUCCUGCUCGCUGAGAUCAUCCCCCCAACGUCACUGGCCGUGCCUCUGCUUGGAAAGUACCUGCUCUUCACCAUGAUCCUGGUGACGCUCUCCAUCUGCGUCACCGUCGGCGUCCUCAACGUUCACUUCAGGUCGCCGUCCACACACAAGAUGUCGCCGUGGGUGAGGCGAGUGUUUAUCAACGUGAUGCCUCGUCUCCUGCUGAUGCGCCGCCCUCAGUAUGACCCCAGAGACAGGCACGACAAGAACCCCUCUGAGCAGGAGUACAUAGAUGGCCUCGGCGAUGGAGAGAUCUG